CGCCCCUCGGAAGCCCCGCGGGCGCGUCGGCAGCCGCGGCGGCCGCCCGGGCUCCCAGCGGAGACAAUGAAGCGAAGCGGAUUCCUGCAGAAACACUGUGUCUUUCCGGCCCUUGUAUCGGCCCUGGCGGCCCCACAGUUACUUCCGAUCUUUGUUACUUUGUGCGCCCGGCGCGCGUGCGGCCUCUGGGGGCUCCGCUUUCCAGGCCGGCUCAGCAGGGCCCGGGGAAGUGGUGCAGGACCAUUGAGCCCCGGGAUUCGGACGCUGCCCGGGGCGUGAGGCAGGACGGCGGGGCCUCUCGGGGGCUGCCGUGCUCCCGCGUGGACGCUCCACGUAACCCAGGGCAGCAUGCGGCCCUCUGAGCACUCGCCACCGAAACAGGACUUGGAGGGGCAUGCGCAGCUCUAGCGCCUUCUCUGACAUCCCUUGGUAUGAGGGGUGCCUCGCCCCAACUGUGUAACUGAAUUUCAAGCCUUGAAAGGCCGAAAGCCCUUCCGGGUCCCUCUCAGAGGACUUCUUGAGACAAUGGCCUGCAUAUGCCCUUGCUCCCCCGUGGGACGCUGAACACUGGCCCUCCGAAGGUGUCCCCAUCCCAAGCCCCUGCACUGGUGACUGUUCUUACCCCACGUAACAACACGCAAAGGAGAGACUUUGCAGAUGACAUUCAGCAUCUUGAUGUGGAGGGCAAACUGCCCUAGAUUAUUCCCCAGGCCCAGAAUGAUGCCACCCACCACGUCCUUAGCAAGGCAGGAGUGAUGAGCAGAGCAGAAGGCCACACGAGGACGGAAGCACGGUUAGAAAAUGCUUCCCCGCACUUUGACCAGGGAGGAAGUGGCCACGGGCCAAAGACUGCAGCCACCUCCAGAAGCUGCAAAGGGCAAGGAAACCUUCUCCCGUGGAGGCUCCAGGAGGAAUCCACCCUGCCCACGCCUCCAGCUUAGCCCCCUAAGACCCAUUUCAGACUCCUGACCACAAGGGCCGUAAGAGAAAGGAUGCGUGUUGCUUGAAGCCACGGAGUCUGUGGCGAUCUGUUAGAGCAGCCCCAGGGGACUAACGCCCCUCAGGGAGAAGCUAGCGAGUGUGAUCUUAAUGACGUUGGUUGUCCUCCACCUUCUUUCAGUCUAUUGGAUGCCAUUUAAUCUUCUCAUUGUGAACUUAUAUUGGUUCUGUGACCCAAUGCCGUGAUUUCCUUAGGAGCUGUCCAGAGGCGGGGCCGGGGCAGAGGCUUUCCCCUCUGCUGUCAUCUUGGCAGGAUUUUUGUUAGGUGUCAAGCUGGGGAUGCAGUCCAUUCCCAUCGCCACUGCUUGUACCAUUUACCAUAAGUUCUUUUGCGAGAUUGACCUGGACGCCUACGACCCCUACUUGGUUGCCAUGUCUUCCCUUUACUUGGCCGGCAAAGUGGAGGAACAGCACCUGCGUACUCGUGACAUCAUCAACGUUUCCAACAGGUACUUUCACCCAGGCAGUGAACCCUUGGAGCUGGACUCCCGCUUCUGGGCGCUCCGGGACAGUAUAGUGCAGUGCGAGCUCCUCAUGCUCAGAGUCCUGCGUUUCCAAGUCUCCUUCCAACACCCACACAAGGUACCUGCUGGGGAAUCGGCAACUAUUUCUACAGGCAUGAACCUUUCCGUCUUUGAUCCAGAAAGCGCACCCACCGAACCCUCAAGAACAUGUGGGUACCUGCUCCACUACCUGAUUUCCCUCAAGAACUGGCUGAAUCGUUACAGCUGGCAGCGGACCCCCGUUUCCGUCACUGCCUGGGCCCUGCUGCGGGACAGCUACCAUGGGGGGCUGUGCCUCCGCUUCCGGGCUCAGCACAUAGCCGUGGCAGUGAUCCACCUGGCCCUGCAGGCCUACGGGGUCGAGGUGCCCGCCGAGGCCGAGGCCGAGAAGCCGUGGUGGCAGGUGUUUAGUGACGACCUUACCCAGCCAAUCAUUGAUAACAUUGUGUCUGAUCUCAUUCAGAUUUAUACCAUGGACACAGAGAUCCCCUAAGGCCCUGGGCCAGGCCUGCCCAAAGAGAAGCCCGGGAUGCUCGGCUGCCUGGGGACGGCACCACCGCAUCGCCGUGACGGCUGGUCCCCAGACGACCAGCUGGGAGGACUGGUUUUGUGCUGCUGGAGACGGGCUGGCGAAGGCGAUGACCUGCAGCCGCUUUGGUUCUCAUGCUUUGACUGUCCCUGGCAGCUGCGGUCCGGACGGUGAUGGGAGCUGUGCCUCCUGCGGGCAGGCCGGGGUGCGCCAGGGGAGGGGCCCCCAAGGCAUCCGUGUCUGCUUUUGUCCUUUGAGAGGACACCAACUGCAGUUGAAUGUGGAAUCAUUGGAAGGAAAUAUCAAAGAACACAUGAGACUGCACUCUUGGGGAUUUUUUUAACGCCAGAUUUAUAGGAAGUAUGAAUGUGCAACAUAGAUGGAAUUUUAUUUUGUGUAAUAAAAGAUGAUGCAAAUCAAUGGA